AUGAACAUUCUUGCGUGCCCUCUGAAAUCGUCUCCAUUACCAACUAGGGUGGCAUCCCUGGAAAGAGUGGGAAAGGAGAAGUUUCACAAAUCCCAACACUGGGGCUUUUGCAACAAUGUUAGGAUGUUGGUGAGUGAUGCAAAGCCUGGAAUAGGAGGAGCACCACUCCUGGGGCAAAAGAUAAAGCCGAAAUGUAGCAUAUAUCCUAAAGGAGAUGGAAGUGAUGUACCAUCAUGGGUAGCCUUUGAUAAACAGGUAUUAUCUUUUGAUGCAUAUUUGGAAGAGAAAGUACUUGAUAGAAGCCAAACCAAGUACAGCAUAAGAUACUACAAAAUCUACUUCUACCCUGAAGAUGACACAAUUCAAGUACAUGAACCAGAGGUGAAAAAUAGUGGAUUGCUUCAAGGGACUUUUAUCCGGCGUCAUCGGAUUACUCUUCCGCCUCCUGAUGACGAUCAGUUUUAUACUGUGUAUCAUUUUAAUGUCGGCACAGAGGUUGUCUUCUAUGGCUGGAAAUUCAAGAUUUAUGACUGUGAUACAUUCACAAGAAACUUUUUGAGGAAAAUAGGGGUCAAAGUGAAUCCCCCAGUACAACGUCCAGAAGAUCCUUACAUGAAGAUUCGGAGAGAGGCUGUAGAACACGUAGAGCCCUUACGUCCCUACAAAUCCCUCAACACCCCAAAACAGUUCUACCAGUAUCAUGGCAAGAUUUUGCGUUUCUUCUGCCUGUGGGAUGACUCAGUCUCGAUGUUUGGAGACCGUAGAGAACUCAUCCUGCAUUACUUCCUGUGUGAUGAUACUGUUGAAAUCAAAGAACUGCUUCCACCCAACUCAGGCCGAGAUACUGUCACAAUGUUCCUCCGGAGGAGUAAGCUGCCCAAGAAUUGCCCACCUAGAGUCUACCAACCCGGCCAGGUAACAGAUCGAGCAGUUCCCAAUUCAUAUGGUGACUUUAUAAAGAACCAAGAGGGUAGCUACCAGUUCGAUAGAUAUAAGCUAGGAAAAAUAGACCAAGAGUUUUACAAAGAUAGUGACCUGUCCCUAGGAGUCACCAUCAAUGUGUGGGGAAGAAAAGUGCUCCUUUAUGACUGUGAUGAAUUUACAAAGUCUUAUUAUAAGUCUAAAUAUGGAAUUGAGAACUUUACUUCGGUUUCGUGCAAGCGUCCUUCUCCUCCUCCAAAAAUAGAAAGGAAAUUUCCACCUUACAACGGUUUUGGUUCUGAGGAGGAUUCUCUCCGUAACUGCAUAGACCUCAGGCCCACACCUCAUCGGAGGAACUUCAAGAAGUUUAUGGAAAAAGACAGCUAUGGCUCCAAAAGCAAUAUACUCCGUUUUUUUGCAAAACUAGUCACAGACAAAUGUGUUGACUUGGACAGGAGGUUUGUUGUUUCAUAUUAUCUCAGUGAUGACACCAUUUCAGUGUUUGAACCUAUACAGAGGAAUUCAGGAAUUGCUGGUAGGAUGUUCUUGAAAAGAAGUCGCGUUAAGAAGCCUGGACAAGAAGUCUUUAAAAGUGAACUAUCUGAAUAUAUCAAGGCCGAGGACCUGUACAUUGGAGUCACAGUGAAUGUGAAUGGUUACCUAUUUCAUUUGCUCAAUGCUGAUGAGUAUACCUUAAACUACAUGGAGCAGAAUGCAGAUAAGUUUCCUUUCAGUAACCUCAAACUUGUCCUACAAAAGCUGAAGCAAGAAGAAGGAAAAUUCAGAGAGCUCAAGCAGGUAUUUAAAGCUGCUGACUGUAAGCACACCAACAUGAUGGAUUAUAAUACAUUCAGAGACAUAUUGAUGUCUUUGACUGUUGGAAACCUCACAGAGCAAGAAUUUGUAACCAUUGCACGUCACUACCGUGCACCUGAGGGCACAUGUCCAGAUACGAAUUUCUUAAUCGCACUGGCCCAUGAAAAGUUAAAGAAAAAUAUGUUUGAGAAUUUCGACACUUUGAUUUAUUCCUGUGUGUAUAAAGAUCGACAAAAAAAAAAUGUAUUACCCACCAAAGACAUUAAGAGGCUGUGCAAAUCCUUCAGAUUACCUUUGAGUGAUGAUCUUCUAGAAUCCUUAUUGUCAAGGUUUGAAGACAGUGAAAAACAAAUAGAUUAUAAGUCAUUUUUCUCUGCCCUGGACUGGAGAAAGAAUCCAGUGCCUGAAUUGCAACCAGCAUCAUACCUUAAAGAGAGAUGUGAAGAUGUUUGGCUUGGUAUGCCAUCACCUAUUCCUGCGAAAUACAUUGACUACUGGACCUUUUUGAAGGAUGUGUUUGGCUUAGAAAAAACCAUGCCAGUGUUGGGGUUUCUUUUGUGGGACAGAGUAUCAGAUGUUGAGAGUUUGGACAAACUCAUGAAAACCAAAAACAUACCUGAAGCUCACCAAGAUGCAUUGAAAACUGGUUUUGCAGCAGGUUUUCUGAAAGCGCAAGCACUCUCAAAAAAAACCAGUGUCUGCUUCUGGACAACAAUGGGGCUUGAUUCUGCAGUAGAUCCUGUCCAGAUGAAAAAUGUCAGCUUUGAACGUGUUAAAGGCAUAAGUUGA